AUGAACCAAGCCUACACUCAACUUGUCGUACUACAUGUUGGAAGUAAUGAUAUUCAACACAAAGGACCAGAGGAAAUUGCGAAAGAAGUGGAAGCCCUGAGUAAAUGUGUUAUGGUGAAUGGUUUAUCAAAAAUUGCGAUCUCAGAAAUAAUAUAUAGAGAUGAUGACAAGCUAAAUGCAGGAAUCGAGAAGGUGAAUUCACUCUUGGCCAAGUUUUGUAAAGCUAAGAAUUGGUCCCUUAUUCCCCAAGGUAACAUUGAUACAUCUUGCCUCAAUGCAUCGGGACUGCAUUUAAGUAUUAAGGGCACAACAGCUCUGGCAAAGAAUUAUAAUGACUUUUUAAGAAA